GAGCUCCUGAAAGCAGCAGUUGCUCCCCCCCCCCCCGGCAUUAUUUUCUCCUCUUAGCUCCCUCCCUUUCCUGCCGGCCUCUCAACAGAGGAUGUGUCUGGUGGAGGGAGUGUGUGCGGAGAAAAGAGGAAAGCCCUAGAAUGGAUAUGAGCCUGCUCUCCUCCACCCUCUCUUCUCCUCCUUCCUCUUCCUCCUCUCCUCUGCCUUCCGUCUGGCGUUCCUCACCCUCCUGUGGCUGCUUUGUGCCGUGGGCACCCUCAGUGCUGGCCCUCGGGGGGGGGACAAGGAGUCUGGCUGGGUGGACAAGCGGCUGAAAACUAAACUUCAAUGUCAUCUGGAGAUCAGAGGAAUGGUGGUGACAAAAGUGAAGACAUGGUGUCACAGGCUGCUGUGUGGCCAGAGGUGGAGAGGGCGGAGCUCCUGGCCCGCGGUGCCGCCCUGAAGUGGGCAUCAGGUGUUUUCUGUCGGCCCGAACACCUGGAGCGCCUGAGCCAGUACAGGAAACGGGAGAGUCUGAGGACCUCCUCCAUCCACACCAGACUGAAGUCCAUGGUUCAGUCCUACCUGGAGGGGGUGGGCUGGGGGCUGGAGCAGCUCCGGGAAGCCAGGACCGAGCUCAGGGAUGUGUCGCAAACGCUGAAGAAAGCAGGUCUGGAGGCGGACGCCAACACGGAGGGGGUGAGGUCACUGGAGAGGCUCAGAGAGCUGUCUGUCAGCCGGCAGCAGCUCCUCGCCGCCGUCAGCAACCUGCCGAGGCUUUAUGCAGUCCAGAGCCUGGUGCUGGAGACGGAGCGUCUGGUGGAGUCCCGGCGGCUGCUGGAGGCCCACGCCCGGCUGAUGGAUCUGGAGCACUGGCAGGACGACAUCCUCUGGCAGCUCCACGGCGCUGACGGGGCGGCAGGAAGUGCUCUCAGUGCUGAUGAACAGGAGCUGGUGGCCAAGUACUUCUCUGGAGUCCAGCAGCUGGUGGACGCCCUGGGACAGGAGAUGUGGGCAGUGGUGAGCAGCGCCCUGGCUUUGGCUCGACAAAACCCCACACCGUUUGUGUCGGCCGUGCGGAUAGUGGAGCGCGAGGAGGCCCUGGACCGCGCUCUGCUGGCACAGAGGGCAGACGUGGGUGGCAGCAGCAGGCCCCUCCCUCCUGGACGACCUCGAUGCUGGAGAGCUCGCUUCUUCCAGGUGCUGGAGGAGGCGGUGUCCGCUCGCUUUCGCAGUGUGUCCUACCUGCACACCCGCGGUCCGGGUCUGGCGGGACACCUCUCUGCUCUGCAGCAUGCCGUCAUGGCUGACCUGGCCACGGUACGCCACCUGCUGGAGCACUGCGUCCCCCCACACUACCAGCUGACAGCCGCCUACCUGAAGGCCACCCACCACUGUUUACACACUCACCUGGCCCAGGUCAGCAGCUGGGAUCUUGAGAGCGGGGAGAUCUUUGCUGUGCUGAACUGGGUGCUGCACGUCUACAACAGCCCGGACAUGAUGGGUCACCCUGAGCUGGUGACGGAGGCUGAGAGGGCAGAGCUGGGACCCCUCAUCUCCUCUGAGGGGCUGGAGCAGCUUCAGAGUAAAUACGUGCAGAGUGUUCGGAAGAGCGUUUCCGAGUGGAUGCACAAAGCUUUGCAGGUGGAGCUGCAGGACUGGCAGAGAGAUCAGGAGCCCGACACGGACCAUGAAGGCUUUUACCUGACCAGCCUUCCCACCAUCAUCACACAGAUGCUGGAGGAGAACGCCCGCGUGGCUCUCAUGAUUGGAGAAUCCCUGCGAGAUCAGACCAUACAGAUGGGGCUGUACGAGAUAGAAAACCUCCUGAACAGGUUUCGGGAGGCUCUGGUGGAGUUUGGGAAGGAACAUCGCAAGGAUCCGAGCAACAACAAGUUCUAUCUCCACUACCUGCUGGCCUCCAUCAGUAACUGUGUUAUUCUCAAGAAGUCCACAGAGAGCCUGCAGCUGCAGCAGUCCUCUCAGUCAGCGGGACAGUUCUCCCGGACGCCCCCCAACCCUCUGGCAGCUCUGGACCGGGCGGUACGCAGGGCGUGCCGUUUAGUGAUGGAUCAGCUGCUGCUGGACCUUCAGCCCUUCCUCCCCGGCCUGCUGACCCGACCCUGGCUGGUCCAGGGAGACCCCACCCCCAAGCUGUGCAGCAUCCUGGAGCAUCACCUGGAGCUCCACGGCCGCGUCCGUCCGCCCUGCCGCCAGCGCCUGCAGGAGGAGGCCCAGUGGCUGAUGGCGGUGGAGUACGUCCGAGCGUUGAUGCAGAAGAGGUUUGUGUGUCGCAGCGGUGAAGACAGGAAGCAGCUGGCUCAGCAGAUGCUCCAGGACAACCAGCUGCUCCGAGAAACCUUCCGUGGUCUGGAGGAGGAGGGUCCUGUGCUUGAGGCGAACCCCCUGGCUUUGCUGCCUGUCCUGGCAGACUUCAUCCGCCUCAAAGACCCCGGCAUGCUCACCCUGGAGGUGUCCGGCCUGGCGUCCAAAUACCCCGACAUCAGCGAGGAGCACGUGUCCGUACUGCUGGACAUCCGCGGCGACGUCUCCAGGGACGUCAGAGCAGCUGUGAUGGACCUUCUGGAGCAGAGCGCCCCCCCUCUUCCGGUGGGGUACCGACCCAUUUUCAUCGACAUCCUGGUGCCGCCCUCCACCAUGGUCUUCUGCCUGCCUACAGCCAGAUGUGCAUGAGUGCAGGGCAAAGGCGUCCCCUCUUCAUUCCCAGACUCCUCCUCGCCUGUGGUGUGGCGCCUGCGGGUUUAUAAUUUAUCCCGUUUCCCAUGGAUUUCAUCUGGUGACCUGCUGGUUCAGGUCCAAACUUUAUUUCCUGUUUUUUGUUGUCCUUAUUUGUGUUUUCCUCUGUAACAGCCAAUGAUGAAAUAAAGAUUUUCUUUCUAAAUGACUCCCUCCUAUGAAGCAGUUUAACUGAAAGUAUUAUAAUAAAUAAACGCACAAAAUUUGGUUGUUUGGGUUCCAUACUUACUUACACAUUGUGCAUUAAGUUCUAAUGUAAGUCAUCUACAGUCUUGUAUGUUUUUACAAAACCAGUCACAUCAGGUAAUUUUCAAGAGAAAACAUGAAUUCAUUGUCAAAUUAACUCAAUUUUUCAUAAAACUCCCUUUAUUUAUGAAAUAGAAGUUUAUUGAACUGCAGGAAACAGAAUAAUACAGAAUAAGAUCACGGACUGUCAAAACCAUAAAUGUUUCUGUUUUUUUGUACAUAACUGUGGCUGCUAGAUGUUUAAAUUUCUUUACCUUUCAUCUUUUUUUAAAACUGUUUUCUGUUUGUCAUCAUGAAGUCCUAGAACGCCAUUUGAACUAGUUCUUUUGAGAUGAUUUUGAAAUGUAUUUAUUCCAUUUAUGUGAUUUUUUUUAUUCCUCUUCGUGAUAACCUCAACAUUUUAUGCUAGUAAAAUUAUUUUUAUAAAUUAUUUAUGAUAUUAAUAUAUUUAUGCUGUUUGCUUUUAAUAAAACACUUUUUCCCUCUUGUACAGAAAAAUAUUGAAAUUAUGAUAAAUACAAAUAAUGUACAUUUUGUCUACUUUUUUUCUUUACUUUUUUUUCUACUGGUAAAAACGGAACCAUCAUUUAUUAUGUUUUAAUGAAUUCAAAUAAUGGUAUUUUCAUCUAUUGGGGAAAACGUUAUUACCUUUGAAUUUUGUUGGUCCAGCAUUAUUAAACACCUAAACAACGAA